AUGGAAAGAGAGUUUGUUGACAGAGCUUUUCAGGAAUGUGGUAAUGAUUUGGAUACGUUAAUCAACAGGAUAACACAACUAGACAUCGGAUCAUAUCAAUCCGAUGUUCACCAUCUACCAUCAUCAUCAUCUCAACAAGUAGCUAUUUCAUCUUCUCAAGAUUCUAUGCACCCUCCUCAUCAUCAAGAUCAAGACUGCGUCCCAAGAACCGGCUCAGAAUGGGUUGAAUUAUUUGUGCUUGAGAUUACGACCGCUUCUUGCAUGAAUGAAGCUAAAGAACGUACCUCCAGGUUGCUGGAGGUUCUUGAAAAAAACAUGAAUGGGAGAGAGGCAGUAAAGAUUCUUGAGAAAGAGAAUCUGAAAUUGAAAUAUGACUUGGAGAAAGCGACUGGUACAAAUAUUAUCUUGAAGAGGGUCGUGCUUACAUUACUUGAACAACACAGUGGCGUGAACAAAGAGUUGGAGAAACUGAGACAACUUGUGGCUCAGCAGGAGCAGAAGUGGAACCAGCUCGAGAAGAAUAACUACGUGCUUAAGAUGCAUCUAAACCAGGCAAUGAUGGCGGCAGAAAGCAAAAACAUCCCCAGUAACUACCGUCCUGAUUUGUAG